AGUAGCUUGCUGUACCCUGCAUCUGAAUCAGUGCGAGCAUUGUUCCCCCCAAAAACUGACGACGACACAGGAGCAGUUGGUGUGCUGCCAGAUUGACUUCUCAACCACUUCCACAAGCAAGACAACGACCUGACAGGCGACGUCCAACAUCAUGGCAAAGCGUGUGGUACUUCUGAUUCCAUGGGAUCCCAACUCCCCGGAACACGUUGAGGAACUGUUCCAGCAGCGUGUGCAAUGCGGCUGGAACUCGAACCAUGUUGAGAAGUGGAGAACAGCACAGGCUGAAGGCUCGAAAUGUAUCUACUGGGUUGUCAUCCCUGAGGAUGCCCCGGACAGGAAUGAUCUGAUCAAGCAGCACCUCGCGACUUAUCCAAAGCCUGGCAUCCCGCUAGUUGACACCAGCACAUCCAUAAACGCAAAGCCCGUGACACCUUCUGGCGUGCAGUUUCAGCCUGUCGGCCACAUCAGCCUGGACCCAGGCAACCCGAGUGCCAAAGACCUGCAACUCGACCUCCCCGCCAGCGGGUGCUACUGGAUCACCACCUUCUAUAUCUCCACCGUGCUGCAGAGCCAGGGCCUCGGCGGCGCCGCCAUGGCAGCGGCAGAGUCCAUGGCUGCGCUGGAACCACUGUGCGCAAAGGCACUCGCUCUGGACACGCUCAAGGCCGAAGACCAGCGCAGAGAGGACAUUGCCAAUGCUUUGUUCGGGGGCGUGCCCAAGGUGACGAAUCAGGAGUGGUACUCCAGGAGGGGUUAUCAGUUGAUCAAGACCGUGGUCAACCAUUACCAUCGGGAGCUCACAGCGAUCCUAGGACCCGGGCACGAAUCGAGCACGGUGUUUAUGAAAAGAGAUGUAGCCUAGAUCCCCUUUGCCUAUAGAAGUCUAUUCUCGACUACACGUUAGGCACUGUUCGUUGUACAAACUGCCCAACGGGGCAAGGGGUCGUGUCGAACGACGCCAUGGCCGAACCUACGCUCCAAGUCAAGAUACCCGUUGACAUCUUUCUAGCGGUGCUGCCUGGGUUUCCUUCCGCGGUCGUUGACCCUCAUCGCCAUUGGCAAUUUCCAGGCAACGCAUGUGGCUCGGUGG